AAGUCAUUAUUUCCCCGUUUCAUUCCACACGCGAAGGAACCCUUUAGUUGUUAUGACUACGCGGUCGUAAAUCCGCCAUGUUUGCUCCCGCCCCGCUGCUGCGUUGCGACAGAGACGGAGAAGUCAAACGACAUGAAUGCAGAAAAUAAUCAUACGGCAGAAACAGAGAAGGAGCAAACGACGAACGGCACCGACACCAUCACCAUCCAGACUACACUGGGAGAUGAAGACGAUGAUGUCCACAAGUGCGGACGCUGUCGGUGCGAGUUCUCCAGCCUGGAGGCUUUCAUCCAGCACAAGCUGCAGCAGAUCUGCAGACGGCCGGAGGCCAGCCAGCAGGUCUCUUCUAACACUGGAAGCUCUACCUCCAAGACAAAAAAUAAAGAUGAAAGCAGCGGGCCGAUGGGUCGAGGUCACAGGAAGAAAACCGCGUCCAUUAAAGUCGCCGCCCAGUGCGAUAAAAGCGCCGCGUUUGUGUCUGAAAACGCUGAAGGCGAACGACAGACCUUCAGAGUUAACGGGGAGGGACGUUACGUCUGCAUCACUUGCGAAAAGACGUUUAAAACCACGAACAUCUUGAGGACUCACAUGAAAACUCACAGCGACCAAAAGAAUUUCUCAUGCGACCUGUGCGGGACUUCCUUUCGUACCAAAGGCUCGCUAAUACGUCAUAACCGUCGGCACACUGAUGAACGGCCGUAUCGCUGUACCCUCUGUGGGCUCUCCUUCAGAGAGUCGGGGGCUCUCACAAGACAUCUUAAAUCUCUCACUCCUUGCACAGAGAAGAUCCGUUUUAUCCAGUAUAAGGAGAUCCUGGUCGGCAAGGACGGAGUUCAGAAAGGCGUAGAAGCGGAUCGGGCCCCGGUAGCGGCCCAGCAGCAGGAGGAGGAGGAGGAGGUGGUGGUUGUGGAGCAGCAAGCGGAGGAGCAGGAGACGGAGACGGAGGGCGCCCAGACUGCUGUCGUCAGCGUGGUACAGGCCGGCUCCCCAGAGGUCCUCCGCCAGGUUCACUUCACAAUGGAGGUGGACGGGACGACACAGGAACAACAGGUGGUGGUUGACCAGUCUCAGGCCGACGCUCUGGCUGCCGCCGCCGCCGCCGGCGAGAGCCUCAUCUGCCAGGCCAUCAUCAACUCCGGCAUCGCGCUGGGCACCGAGGAGAUGGUGGUUGAGGAGGCGUCGCCGACCGCGCAGGAGACGAGCAAAGAUGCUUCCGACACCGCCGAAGUUGAUCAGAGUGUAAUUGAGAUCCAGGUUAAAGAAGAGUCUGAGGAGAUGGAGGAGGAAGCGGUGGACAGUCGAGCGUCCUGUAAACUCUACACCUGUCCACACUGUAAUCGGUCGUUCAAAGGCGCCAAUUAUUUCCGUUUUCACGUCAAAGGUCAUUCAGGUUACAAGCCUUUUAAAUGCACGCUGUGUCAGAAGGAGUUCCUAACCGGCUACCUUUUAAAGAAGCACAUGGAGGUCCACGUCAGCGAGAGGAGGUAUAAAUGCGGCGAGUGCGGCAAGCUUUAUAAAACCAUCGGACACGUCCGCGAACACAUGAGAGCCCACUCGGAUGAGAGACCCUACCACUGUCACAGAUGCAACAAGGGAUACAAGACCAAGAACGCCUUACAAGUUCACCAACGGACGCACGGGGAUGAGAAACCGUACGUGUGCGAGUUCUGCUUCAGGGGCUUCAGAGAGAAAGGCUCUCUGGUGCGCCACAUCCGGCACCACACGGGAGAGAGGCCCUUCAAGUGCCCCAGGUGCGGACGGGGCUUCGCCGAGCACGGGACCCUCAACCGGCACAUGCGCGCUAAAGGAGGCUGCAAUAAGGAGAACCCCAGCGAGCAGCAGGGCGCCGUGCCAGAGGAGCAGGAGUCGGCGCACAGCCUCGCCUCCUCUGUGCUGAGGAUCUCGGCGGAGGAGCAGGCCUGCGUGGAGGGCCUCAGCACAGAGGAGGUCAUCACGGAGGAUCCUCACGCCGUCCUGGUGGAGUUCUCCUCAGUGGUGGCCGACACGCAGGAGUAUAUUAUAAAGACUCAGAGUGGAGAGGAAAUGCAGGAAGAAGUUACCCUCAUCCAGGACAGCCAAAAUGAGAUGGGAAACCAGAUCAUGAAAGUGGUGCAGCAGAUCGUCAGCCAGUCCCACGGCACGGGCAGCCACCAGAUCAUUGUGCGAAACGUCGGGGCGGACGAAGAGGGCGCCUCCAUCUCCGACUGCGGGGACACCAUCACCAUCGCCACGCCGGAGAGCCUGACGGAGCAGGUGGCCAUGACGCUGGCGUCCGCCAUCAGCGACGGGAGGCUGCUGGCCACGACGGGCACCGGCGAGGACGUCGCGGGGACCGUUACCAUGGUUACCGCGGAGGAAGCGGCGGAGGAGGGAAUACAGAUGGUGCAGCAGCAAGAGGAGUAUGUCAUCACCUCCCCAGAGGAGGUGGAGAUUCAGACAGUAGUUGUGUGAUCAAAGGAAGCCGCCGGUGAACUCUUCUGGCUGCGGUCUCCGUCUUUGAGCUUGGUGUGUGUGUGUGUGUGUGUGUGUGUGUGUGUGUGUGUGUGGAGGAGUCAAUUAUGAAGUUAAAGUCACCGUUUUUAUGAUGCCCAUAUUGGCGGAAUGUAAUACAAUACAUUUUGGAUCAGGAAACAAGUGUUAGCUGUGAUGGCGCCCCCCCCCACCCCCACC